GCAGCUUGCCAGCAAAACGGCCCAACAUUCGCCGAAAAUCUGGCAGUGUAAAAGGAGCUAAUAAUAAUAAUAAUAACAGGUGACCUCUGUCUUCCCCGGUAUUGGAAUCAAACUUUGAGUCAAUAAGAAUUGGAAUUGAUAAAAUUCAAAUGAUACAUCACCCUGAAGCUGGAAACGCACCGGUGCUGUUGUGGCACAUUAGGUGACCUGUGUCGAGUGUCGCCUUGAGCACACACCAGACAGGUCUUCAGACGCGUCCUUUGAAGGCUGCAGCCCUUAACUGAGACACAGCUGAUGUGUUGGAAUGUGCGUGACAUCAUGUCUGUUGUGUUCAUGUUACUGUGUGGUGACCGAGACAGGACGCCAUCACUGUCUCCGCUUGUACUUCCUGCAGUAGAUGAACUUCCUGUGGAUCUCCAGUGUUGGUUACAGACUGACAUAAACUGAGUGUGUGAUCCUGACGGAGCUGCAGCAUGGACACUUGUAUGGAUCCAGAUGUGGAGGCCUCAGCUGCCAGAUGUUUUGGCCCAGCUGUGACCUCCCUCCUUCCCCGCUGCACUAAUACCUCUGUAGAUGUGCUGUAUCUAUAUAUGACAUGGAUCUCUGCCUGGAUCACUGUCAACUUCCUCACUGGUGACCUCCACAGUGUGGACUCUUCCACAGUGGGGAUGUUGGACCUGGGUGGGGGGUCGACUCAGAUCACCUUCAGCCCUCAGGACGAGAAAACCAUCCAGACCUCACCCAUCGACUACAUCAGGUCCUUCCAGAUGUUCAACAACACACACACUGUCUACACUCACAGUUAUCUGGGUCUCGGCCUGAUGUCGGCUCGUCUCACAGUGUUAGGAGGCGUGGAUGCUUCUCCUCUAGGCGGCAGCACUGAGCUGGUCAGUCCCUGCCUUCCUCCGGAGUCGUCGGUCAGAUGGGAGCACGCCGAUGUCAUCUACACUGUGAAGGGACAGAAGGCAGGGGAGCCAGUGUACGAGGCGUGUCUGACCAAGGUGGAGAAGGUUCUGUACAGGAAGGUGAUGAAGGCGUCCGAGGCUGAAGACGUGGAGUUCUACGCCUUCUCCUACUACUAUGACCGAGCCGUCGACCUCGGGGUCAUCGAGGAGAAGACGGGUGGGACCAUCCGAGUGGCUGAUUACAUCACUGGAGCUAAAAGAGUGUGCAGCGGUCCGUCCGUCAGUCCUCUGCAGAGCCCCUUCCUCUGUCUGGACCUGGUCUACAUCUCAGUCCUGCUGCAGGAGCUCGGCUUCCCCCCACACAAACAGUUCAAGUUGGCGAGGACGAUUGGUGGCGUGGAGACCAGCUGGGCUCUCGGAGCGACGUUUCAUUACAUCGAGUCUCUGAAGAGACACUGAAGCUUUUAUUGUGAAAGGACUCACACACUUCCUGAAUGUUAGGAGGAGAUCCUGGACUUCCUCCCGAAGACUCACCAUGACCUCAUACAGCACCAAGUCCGCCCCCCCAAAAAAAAAACCCUCUGUGGAGCCUGACACCUGCUGGUGAAAAGCAGCUCUCCUAUUGGCUGGUUCCAGGUGAUGUCACGCUGAAAGUUAGGAGCUCAACUUAAACUGGACCCAAAAAAUAAAACCUAAUUAAUGAAUUAAAUUAAAAUAAAUAAAUAAAAACGGGAAAAUUAAAAAUAAUAAAGAUAAUAAUAAUAACAAUAAGAAAGGGUCCCACAGGAAGUGAAGACAAUUAUAGACUGGACUUUGUCCUGCAGACGUUUAGCAGACGGACUCAUCACUUCCUGCUCUUCACCUGCAGCCGUCAGGCUCCACACCCCUCUGACAUCACAUCUGACCGUCCAAUCAAAUGCUGCUCUGCUCCUCAGACUCUGUCCAGGUGGACGCGGCUGCACUUUGCUUCAUGUCUCAGCUCUGAAGGACGACUCGUCUCGUUCCUGAACAAAGUGACCUCAUGGAAACACUCACAAACAGUCGACCUCACAGGCGGUGGUGAAACAUUACUGCGUAUAUCUACUUGAGUACUGUACUCGAGUAUUUUCUGCUACUUAAUAAACUUGUGCUGCACUACGUUCAUCUGAAGGAUCAUUUUCAGAUCGAGAUUUAACGUCUGAUCAGUUUAACAGAUGUGACGCGCUCUGAUAAAUCCAGCGACUCAGUUUACUGAGAAGCUCCGAUGAGUUAAUACUCUAAUAGUAAUUGAGUACUUUGACUUUUACAUGUGAUACCUGCAGUACUUUUUGAUGCUUGUACUUGUACUCGAGUAAAAGAUGAGUGUUCCACUGCUGCUCAAAGAUGACUGACAGUUUUUACCUCCGGCUCAUUCAGCAGAGACUCAAAAGUUCACGAGCUGCGACGUUUCAGAUGUUAAAGAAUAUUUCAUGUCUAAUCAGGUUUAUGAAUGGAUCAGACCUGCACAUGAUAUUUCUACUGACACUCAAUGUUUGUGCCAAAAAUAUUUUAUCAACUUUUUUUUCAGACAUUUUAAAUUUUUUGGCUAUUUUAUCAUUUUUUUCUGACAUUUUAUUGACAUUUUUUUGGACAUUAUUUUCAAGUUUUUUUCCGAAAUUUUUCCAGCAUAUUUUUGUUUUUCAUAGAUGUUAGGGUUAUAUGCGUCACAGGCCUUUUGAAAGAGAAAGACAUUUUUAACAGAUAUUUUUCAGUUUGAAUCUUUGAGUAUUAACUUUAAAAAUUUACAUCACAUUUGAGACUUUUUGGAAACACUGAUAAGUUUGAGACGUUUACUGAAGCGCUAAAACUUUACAGAGUGGAUCUGAAGUGAGGACACACCGUCUGCUCCUCGGCCCCAGUUUCACCAGUAAACACAGUCACUGGGUUCCCGUCUCUGACCUCAUCAUCAUCUCUUCUGUUUGUAUCGACGGCUGAUUGUUUUCUACUCUGAAGGACUUCCUGUUUUUACAUGUUUGUGUGUUCGCUAUAAAAUCUGCAAUAAACACGUGAAUGUUUCUGAAGUGA